AUAGAACUUAAAUGAUAUUUUUUACUGGGUUAUUUAUACAUAAAAAAAAAUGUAUUCAAAAAAGAUUAUUAAAAAAGUACCGGGGGACUUACCACCACCAACAAAAAAGGAAAAUCAAGGAUAUAUUGAUAACUUAGCUAAUAAAUCAAAGAUAGAGUUGGAAGAAAUUUUAGAAAGACAGAAUAAAUUAUUAGCUAAUAAAAAAUUUAUUUCAACACUUCCUGAUAAAGGGGAAAAGAUUAAAACGUUCAGAGAUAAAUUGUUAAAUCAACUCGAGCAUCAAAAAGAAAUAGAUAAAGCAGCUGUGCUUCUUUCAAGAUUGAAUAUAGCAUCAGAAGGAAAAGCAGCAAUGAAUGAAUUAGAAUGGACAGGUAUUUGUCCCAAGGAAAUUCAUAAAAAUAAAAUUGUUGAGUUGGAUAGUGAUGAUGAAGAAGAAGAUCCAUUAAAGAUUUUAGCACAACCUACAGGAACUGGUGUACAUAAGAAAAAAGUUAUACAUUUACAACCGAUGGAGCCUUUGAUAAAACCAGAAGAUUUAGAGGAAAUAGAAUCUUUUAAAAAUGAAGAAAAAUCAGAUUCCGAAUUAGUGCAUGUAAAAUAUCUUAUUGAUAAGGUUGAAAAACCUCUGGAAAAAAAUCAAAUUAAAAAGGAACCAUUUAAGCCAUACAAAACUACUAAGAGUGAUGUUCAUGAUCCAGAGAAAGAGAAACAAAGGAAAUAUAUUAAAAAUUGGAUGGUUACAGCUGCUACUCCUCCCCAUAUUGUACAUGGUGCUGUUAAAUCAUUAAAUUUGAGCGAAUCGUUACAAUUGCAAAGGGAACAAAUUAAAAAGUUACAGGAUAUUCAAGCGAAACAUGCAGUUGAGCGAUUAACAGAACAACUAGGCUUGCAUAAUAUUGGUUGUGUACCAAGUAAUGUGGGUGAUUAUCGUAUACCUGAAGAAAUCAAGGAUACUAGUUCUAGUUCAGAAAGUGAAGAUGAAGUAUAUGAUGAUGAAGAUAAAGAUAAAGGAGUAACUGUUGUUUAUACAACAGAUUUUACAAAAAGUUAAAUGUUAACUUUUAAUUGAAUACAACUACAGAGAAAAAAUAUUAUAAAUUUAAUAUUA